ACGUGUUUCCCUUGGAGCAGACGGACGCACGCGGAAUGGUAAGAUGGCGGCGGAUGGAGGCCGAUCUGCGUUACCCUGCGCCUUCAGCCCAAAAUCACGACAGUUCCUCGCCUUGUGCGCACAAGACGGACGACUGCGAAUCUGGAAUACAGACAGUAAAACCCUACAACAGGAAUACGUGCCUUCCGCGCAUCUGAGCGCAGCCUGUACGUGCGUGACAUGGGGACCGUGCCGAGCGUCUCAGGAGGUGCCACAGAAGAAGAGGAGGAAAUGUGACACCGGGUCAGCACCUGAGCAGUCAGAUCUGUUGGCACUGGGCACUGCUGCUGGGUCCAUUCUCAUCUACAGCACAGUAAAGGGAGACCUCCAUUGCACUCUGGAUGGAGGGCACAGUGGGCCUGUGAACUGUGUUCAGUGGCAUCCAGAUGAUUCAGUGUUGUACAGUGGCUCAGACGACACACACAUAGCUGAGUGGGACCUGCAGACAGGAAAAGUUCGUUGCAAAUGGAAGGCGGAUCGAUCUGCCAUCACUUCCCUGUGCGUGAGUCCAGAUGGGAAGCUGCUGCUUUCUGCAGGAAUGACCAUUAAGAUGUGGAACCUGGAGACUAAGGAAGUGUACAGAAAGUUCACAGGUCACUCCACUAUGGUAACGACCCUAUGCUUCGCAACAACACGACCCCCGGACAGCAACGGACUGUACUUCCUGUCAGGGGCAGCUCAUGAUAGGCUCGUGAGUGUGUGGCAGGUGCGGUCCGACGGCAAAGACAAGAACUCUGUGGUUUCUUUUACUCUGACAGAUGAACCCCAGCAUAUAGACCUUCAGACAUCAAACAGCAAAGAUGAGGCUGUGAGGUUAUCAGUGGUGUGUAAAGACGGUUCACUUCAUCUCUUUGAGCACUUUCUGAAUGGACCUUGUAAGAAACCACUAUCACCGGCAUGUUCACUGCAGGUGUCCACCACAAAGGGAGACUCACCUGUACCUGUGCCUCUGCUCGCUGCAACUCUGUGUGCCGACAGACAGAACUUGAUGCUUGCAUACGGACAUCACCUCCAGCCUGUCAUAGAGAAAACGCCAUUUAACACAUCGGAGAGACACGUGUGCUUGAACCGAGAUGUUCAGGCUACACUUUCCAUCUCUGUAGACACAGCUGUCUCCAAGGUGAGGACACCGGUUAUUAAUGAACAAAAGAGCAAAGUUUUAAUACCGGGACUUCCAGGGCACAAAGCACCAAUUAAAUUAACACCAAACGAAUCAGAAAAGAGGAAAAAAGGACAGAGUGCCACAGAGAUGUCUAUAGAGGAGCGGUUGGAGCAGAUUGAGUUGAGCGUUGGAGGGAAGGGUGCUGGUAAAGGGGCGGCUUCACUGCAGACGGACAGUUUUGCCGUGUUGCUUGUACAGGGCCUAGAAAGCAAAGAUGAGAAGAUCCUUAAUAAAAUAUUUCAAACCAAAAAAGAAACGUUGAUCAAGAACACUGUUGCCCGGAUACCACCUCCAGCAGUCCUGCCAUUGGUGGAAGAGUUGUCCAGAAGACUGCAGGGACAUCCCUUUGCGGCACUGCUUAUAGUUCAGUGGUUUAAGGCGGUACUUACACAACAUACAUCAUACUUGUCUUCACUGCCUGACUUGGUGUCUCAGUUGGGGUCAGUCUACCACAUGAUCGAGAGCAGAGUGAAGUUAUAUCAUCAGAUCACCAGACUCCACGGCAAACUGUACCUGCUCAUGACACAGGUGGCCGCAAGCAACAGUGCUAACAAAGUUGGUGAGGUCGAUCACUCAGCAAAGCUGGUUUAUGAAGAGGAGUCUUCAGAUGAGUAUGAAGGUUCAGGAGAUGAAGGACGUCCUGAAGAUGACUCUGAUGACUGGGAGGAGGACGAGGCAGCGAUGGAAGUGGCAGAGGACAAAGAGAACCAUGCAGAGGAGGAUGAAGAUAUGAACGACGAUUCAAAAGCUAAUGGCGAUUCAGAUAUGGACCCUGAAAGUGAAGAGGAAUAGUGUCCAAUCAGGCUGCAGGAUUCAAAAAGGACCCUUGCAUUUAUAUAUGCUUUUGUUUUAUUUUCCAUUAUUUUGAAUUUUAUUGUGACAAAACAGAAGGUUAUCUUUUAUAGAAAUUCAUCGACCAUUGCACCUGGACUUGGGGUUGUCUUAUUCAGAAUGAUCACAAAGGUUGUGACACCUAACCCAGACUGAGAGCCCCACAUGCAGAGAAUUUGGGUCACAGGUCCUUCGACUUGAAAUUGCCUCUGAUUUGUGUCCCAGCAAUUACGGAAUUUUCUGGGAGUCCCAAACCACCCCCAUCACCCGAUCAUUUCACAUCCCUGAAACUGACUGAUGUCUUUAUGGUUUGACCAUAUGAUGAUAUCGUGAAAGGACUUUCCUGAUUAUGUCCGUCACUGUCCUCUGCUCACAUCUUUAAGUUAUCGCUGUUUAUUGCCCUCUGUCACGGUAAUUUCUUAUGUUUGCUUUCCUUUAUCCUGUGUGAUAUCAUGUCAGGGUUUUUUUUACAUCCAUUGCAGGCAUGACUUGUUACAAUGUGAACUUCCAGUGAAAACGAAAACAACAUCCCAGAGGCGUGUACGUUUGUUAAUUAUACAGUGGUUGCAAUGAGUGUCAACCAAAACUUUACAUGCAAACAAUAUAUCACCAACUGUUGUACAGUUUAAGUGAAAUUAAAUACCAUUUUGUUCUCA